AUGCUGGCUCGUCUUGGCAGGCCAAGGGCUUGGAUUUUCCGUGUGUCUCUUGACGAGUCGACGGUCAACCUCUCUGAGCCCCGAAAGGCGGAUCAAGGAACCUUGACGUGCUGCGUCGUCCGGCUCAUCCGCAAGCUAUUGAACUUUUUGGGGCCGGGGGAGAGAGAGAGAGAGAGUAGCGGGAGAGACAGAGUCAUCAACAUCAUCAUCGUCGUCGUCGUCGUCGUCGUCGUCGAGAUCACGGCCGCCCAGCCCAGCCCGAGCGACCGCCAGAGCCUGUGCGUACGCAAGGACGGCAGCAAGGUAGACAGCACAGCAGACCCCCCGGCAUACCCAACGCCAUUACGUCGUUCGGGCUCUUGUUCCCGGGGGAAGGGCCUUGGUGUGUUGCUGGUCGUGGUCGACUGUGGCCGUGCCUUUGCCUUGCUGUGCCUGUGCCUGUGUGCCUCACCUUGCCUUACCUUUGAGCUGAUCUUUCUGGUCUGGUUUCUGCUGGACCGGGACCUUGACCUGGGAGUCUGGGACCAGCUGCCAAACUGCUGCUACCUUGCUGCAGCGCAGCCGACUGACCUGCGUGACGGUGACGGUGACGGUGACUGGGUACCUCACUCACUCCCCGUACUCCCGGAGGUACUCCCGUACUUGGUACACCUCUCAGAGUACCUCUCAGAGUACCUCUCAGAGUUCCUCUCAGAGCGCUGA